AACGUCAAACACGUUUACAACCUACAGGCUGCAGGCUGCCAGCAUCCAGUUAGCUCUGUUACAGGCUGGAAAACUGCAGGGGGAACGGAAAGACGAGAAAAUUAUAGACAAGAUCUUUUUAAAACCCGAGACAGUUCAGCGACGCAGGGUUGUGUUUGCAUAUAAUGAAGUUUGUUAAUUUAUUAUCUCUAGCUCCGUCCUUUGUUGUCGCCUCAAAAUUAUAACAAACGUCGUUUUAAGUUAAAAAGAAAUAUUACAAUUUGUCAAUAAUAAUUUCAUGUUGAAAAAUAUUGAUGUUAGCCCGUGUUAUGACACCGUCACCAAGGCCCAAUAAGAAAUUGUGACAGCAUGGCCACGGCUGCAGAUGACUGCAUUCAGUUCACACGCCAUGCGGGCGAUGUCCUGCUCAACUUCAACCGCCUGCGCAGCAGGAACAUCCUGACUGAUGUCACCAUACAGGUGGACGGGCAGCAUUUUCAUGCUCACAAGGCCAUCUUGGUGGCCUGCAGUGGCUUCUUUUAUUCCAUAUUCAUGAACUCUGAGAAUGCAAACCUUAGUGCCAUCAGCUUAGACCCAAAAGUGGACCCCAAGGGUUUCUCCAUCCUGUUGGACUUCAUGUACACAUCCUGUCUGAACCUUAAAGACAGUCUGGUCCUGGCUACCAUGAACACAGCCAUCUACCUCCAGAUGGAACACGUGGUUGACACCUGCCACAGGUUCAUCAAGUCCAGGCAUCAGUCUCUGAAUAUGCCAAUGGAAGAGGUACGGAUCAAUUCAUUACAUCUGGCUGAGGAGAUGCCUGUUUUGAGGUCUGUUGAUGCAAAGGAGCCAGACUUUAGAAACAGCCACACAUCGACCUCGUCGUCUUUUCAGGACUGCAGGUGCAAUGUCCCCAAUGUUUUCAGAGGUAUCAACACGUCUGGCUCCUAUCAUGUCUACGGUGACCUCCAAGUCCCUGCUGGGAAGCUGGAAGGUUCUCAUAAGAUCAGUGCCCUUCCCAGAGCAGGGGCUUUGUCCCAGAAACGAUGCUCACAGGUACCCAACACCAACAUGACUAAGAGUGAAUCCACAACCAUCAUCUCCCAACCAAUGCCAUCCCACCCAAGUUUCCCCACCACUAUCAUCCAAUCGGCGGGAGUCCACGGGAGCCAUCACGGGCCUGCUGCUCCCAUGGAGGAAGAGAGCAUUCAGCACCCUCAAACCAGCUGCCUGAGGAUGUCUCCAGGCUUUAGCAAAGGUGUCAUUUGUAGCCCUCAAAGUCCACUCAGAUCUGACUGCCAGCCAAACUCACCCACCGAGUCCAGCAGCAGCAGAAAUGCAACACUGAGCCUCAAACAGCCCUCAGACUGCCCUAACGAUGCCAAGGCCCGCAACUGGAAGAAGUACAAGUUCAUUGUUAUGAACCAAACUCCCGAUGAGAAUGAAAAGGAGUCUCAGGGAGGCAAGGCUGAUGCUACAGCCAUGUCCCCUACUCUGAGCCCCUGCGGGAGUGGUGGAGCAGGCGAACACGUUGAGGUGCAUUCAGACGAGGGAGCCAGCGAGCAUAGAGAAGAAAUCUCCAUGUCUCAGAGUGUUGACAGCUGCAGCAGCACCUGCAGCAGCAUCAGCCACCACAGAUGCUCCUCCUGUGGCUGUGACAGCCCUCAGUGCAUGGAGAUGGGUCACUUUUCUCCUGACUCAUACAGCAGAGACGACACUACCAAACUACACUCAGAGUAUUCCCCCUCCAGCUGUGAAAACAACACCUACUUCUGCAAUGGUUGUGACUCCAAGUUCACAGAUGAGGAUUCUCUGAAAGACCACAUGGUCCAGGUCCACAGUGACAAGCCAUACAAGUGUGACUGCUGCCAGGCUGCCUUCCGCUACAAGGGCAACCUGGCCAGCCACAAAACCGUUCAUACUGGUGCGAAGCCGUACCACUGCAACAUCUGUGGUGCUCAGUUCAACCGACCAGCCAACCUCAAAACUCAUACCCGGAUCCACUCUGGAGAAAAGCCAUACAAGUGUGAGACGUGCGGUUCCCGAUUUGUCCAGGUGGCCCAUCUUCGCGCCCAUGUGUUAAUUCACACAGGAGAGAAGCCGUACCCUUGUGAGAUCUGUGGAACACACUUCCGCCACCUUCAGACUCUCAAGAGUCACAUGCGCAUUCACACCGGAGAGAAGCCUUAUCAUUGUGAAAAAUGUGACCUCCACUUCAGACACAAGAGUCAGCUGAGGCUUCAUCUCAGACAGAAGCACGGCGCGGUCACUAACACCAAGGCUCAGUAUCGCAGGACUCCCAGCAACGUGGCGGCAGGCCUGGUGAACUCCUGCUGAGUCUGCUGCAGUCCCCGUUUUGUGUCAUUUUGGUUUUCCUUUUGCAUUGGCCACCAUGUUGUCAAAAGAUUUUUAUUUUUUCUAAAUAUAGACAGAAACAUAAAUAUAUAUAUUUGCCCUUUAUGCAUUUGUAAAUGAUGCACAUUACUUUGUGUAAGCUCUUUGGUAUUUCAAAGAUUGUAGAAGUUUAUGCUUUCGUUGUGAAUGAACAGCAGAAUGUACAUUUUGAAUGUGAAUUUGAGCAGGUAUUUUCUCUAUUUUACAAAUUGCCUAACAGAAUGUCAGCAUCGAAGGACAGUCCUCUUUGUCAUUCGGAUUGAGAAUCACUGUUACAGUUAUUGGUAUGAAUUUCCCCCAUAAUGUGGUCACAGUUUGUGCAGUUAAUUUUCAUUAGGCUAUUUUUGUAAGUCAGAUGAGAUCUGCUGGCAGAGUACGAUAUAUAUUUACGUUAGAUUCGUUUUUCUUAUGCACAGUGAGCUUCGACGACUGUUGAUAACACAAGGGCUUGUUAUUCUGCCAUUUCAUAGUUUGCGGUACGUAUUGUCAUAUGUACAAUUUGUUUUUGCUGUGUACAUAAUUUUUUUUUUUUUUUCCGAUCAUUUCUAGGCUCUUGAUGGUAUUUUGCACACACUCAUGAUGCUGUGAUUCAUAUAUUUUCAUACUCAAAUAUUUCUACUUAAAAUAUUCUUGGCCUGUUGAAAUUGUUUGUUAAACCCCAUGCCCAGCACCUGCUAUAUACUUAUUUAUAGUUGUAUAGAUGUUUCUUUGCUGAACUCUGUCACAUUUUGGUGCUGCAAUGAUCCCGUUUAUUAACGUUUGAAUCAUUUGAUCAUUUGAACGUAUUUUAUCUAACCUUAUGUAUUAUAGUGCACUCUUACAAACCAGUGUAUUCAUAGUGCCUUACAUUCACACUUUUCUAUGGCUACUUCCUCAGACUAACUAGUCAUGCAUUUUAAGUUUGAUAAUAUGAAAGCCCCCCCCCCCCCCGGUAGUUAUAAACUCAUUUUGUGAUGCAUUUCGCAUUUGGUACUUUGCCCUGUUGUUAUGUGUAUGCAUGUCAGGUACUGUUGUUAUGGAAGCUGAUAAUCUGUUGUGUAUAGCUCUUAAAAUGCAGAUACACCAGGCC